UUUUUUUUUCCUUUCUUAAUAUGUCUGUUCCAACUAUUUCCAUCACGAAUCCAGACUUGGAAAGUAAAGACUAUAUGGCAAGUGGCACAGUGACGCCAACAACACCCGACUCACCUACUGUGUUUGAUGUGGUUAAAGAAAUCGAAAACAGCGAUCCCUUUCCCGAAGAUGAAGCCAUAACACUUACGAAUGACUUUGUUAUUGACGAACAAGACCCAAAGCAAAAGACAAUCCAAUCAUUUUAUCACCAGAAAUCCAUUUUGAUUACAGGUGCUACUGGAUUUAUCGGUAAAGCUGCGUUGUGGAAAAUCAUUCAUUCACUCCAUGAUUCUGUCGAUAAAAUCUUUUUGUUGCUUAGACCAAGUAGUCGACAACAUCAGCGAUCUGCUAGUGGAAGAUUACAAGAUGAUAUUCUGUUGAAUAAGGCCUUUGUGAGUUUGCGUAGAUCAAUGGGUACACACGUAUUUGAUGAAUUUAUUGAAGAAAAAGUAUAUCCUAUUUUUGGUGAUAUCACAAAACCAAACCUCGGCUUGUCUGAUCUUGAUUUGGAUAUUAUACACCAACAAGUCAACAUUAUCUUUCAUUGUGCAGGCAAUGUAGAUGGUAAUGAACGACUUGAAGAUGCUGUCAAGGUCAAUGCAUUGGGUACUAUGCACUUACUUGAAUUAGCCAAUCAAUGUCAUUCUAUGGCUGCCUUUGUUCAUCUAUCCAAUCUUCAGUCAGUCAACAAUAAAUCACCUGAAGAAAAGACACUUUAUCCAUUACCCAAGACACCCACUGAGCCUCAGUUAUCAGCAACAAAAAUAGUACAACAAAUUGUGGAUGGAUCACCUGUCGAUCAUCAGCAUUUUCGUUCGUUUUAUAGUAAUGCCUAUCUCUAUUCAAAAUCAUUAGCUGAGCAUGUCUUGCUUGAAGAGAUUCAGAAGCAUAGACAACAAGAGACACAACCUCCUUUUCCAAUAGCUAUGAUGCGUCUUGGUCCUGUAGGUCCAAGUAUUCAGGAACCUUUGAUGGGCUGGGCAGAUGGGGUGAAUGGUGUCAAUGGUACUUUAUUACUUACAGGAAGAGGAUCUAGAGUGAUUCAGCCUCAUGUAGGUGAUAGUGUGGCUGAUGUUGUGCCUGUGGAUUAUGUUGUUCGUCUCAUGAUUGGCUGCGCUGCUACACUUUCAGUUGCUGACAAGUUCGAAAUGCCCAAGGUAGCUAGUUUAGAGAAUACACAUCAUCAUCAUCGACGCACACCCAGCUCCACCAGUCGUAUGUCGAUGCGAGGGUCCAUAUAUGGUUUGCCCAAGAUUUACUUACCUGGUAUUCAUGAAACACCCAUGUUGCCCAUGAUUUAUCAAGUAUCGAUGGCUUCCAUGCGACCCUUAACAUGGCGUGUUGGGUAUGACAUCAUGCGAGACUACUGGACAAAAGCAACGCAUGUCAACCUACCUCCAGCCAAAACGUAUUUCAAUCCACCUCAGCGACAGUCCAUUCAAGGAUCCACAAGUACACCUACAAGACUUUCUCGAGCACGUACUGUCAUGAAUUCCUUGCGGGGGUAUAUGAAUACCUCGAGCCAAGAGGCCACCAGUCAUCCACCGACAGUGACACCGAUCGCUUCUCAAUCUUCUGAGCGAAUCAAGAGUGGACCUCCUUCUGCCAUGGCGCAUAAGCGUAACUCGCAUCGUCUGAGUCGCACCGUCGACAAGGCAGCAAAACUAGCCACAACCAUGCGUGACAGUAUCUAUACCAACACAGUGUCUCAGUUAAAUGAACAUACGACUCAUUUGAGUUAUGCACUCAAGACCAUGGAUGCAAGCUUGACAUUUGAUCCGCAUGCGAUCGUGCCUGAAGAUGCCGAUAGUCUGUUUUGGUCUCAUUAUUUGACCAAUGCAUGUUAUGGUAUUCAUUACUUUGUCUGUCAAGAAACUAAUUUGCGUGUGCCUACACCUGUGGAUGGAUGGCACUGUGCCAUUCAGGCACCCAAUGCCGAUGUAGAUGAUGAAGACAAUGGGUACUAUCAACUUGUCAUUGCCAGACAAGUCAAUAGUGUCGUCUUCUCUCAAGACCAGAUUGAACAACGCACAGCACGUAUGGUCUCUCAUAUCAAGACGCUCUUGGUGAACAAUACAUGGAAUCCUAAAGAAACAGAUGAUGCUUGGUUGACUGACCUUGAUGACGCAUUGGAUGAUUGGUGCCAAGAUGAAGAUGUGAUGAAUCCAGAAAAAGAUCGUCGUAUCUCACUGGGUAAAUGGCGUCGUAAAGUCGGUAGUUCCGAUGAAUCGGUCAAGAUCAUCGUCCUGAAUGAUAAACGUGUCAAUCAAGCCGUGACGCAGAUUACACAGAAAGCAGGCGUGCCUAAACAGACAGCUGUGAAUGAAGCCUUGAAGAUCCUGUUGCGCAUGAGUGAACGUACUCAGCUGGCCUUUGUCUGGUUUGCGGGCUCGUUCCUCAAGUCCUUGUUGGAUGACAUGUUUGAUCAUGUUCGUAUAGCUGAUGAGAGUUUGCGUUUGAUGCGUCAGGCCACUAUGGGUAAACGUGUGGUCUAUGUACCCGUCUCUAAAAGUCUGAUGGAUCCUUUGGUGAUCUGGUAUAUGGCGAUUCGGUACCAUCUACCUGUGCCUGCAUUGGCUUGUGAUGAAGCCAUGUCACAAAUGGGUCCCAUGUCCGAUGUCUAUCGUCUUGCUGGUGCUUAUUAUGUAAAGCGUGAUAAAAGUAAGCGAUCGCCUCUGAAUUCGGCUGUCACAGCUGCUUAUACACAAGUCUUGCUACGCGAACACGGUGCCUUAUCCUUCUGUCUUGAACGGUAUCGAUCUAGAACAGGCAAGUUUCAAGAAGCCUAUGCAGACGGAUUUGUGGAUAUGGUGAUCGAAGCCACUCUUCAUAGUAAUCAGACAGGUCGCUCAAGUACCAGUAUGGUCUCUCGUAUCGUGUCUGCUGAAAUACAAACACCACCCGACUCACCUGAUUCAACGACCUCGACAACCACAAGCAUGGACAGCAAUAUGACCCCUUCGCCUGGCCAAAAAAAAAUCCAUAAAGAUGUCGUGUUUAUUCCAAUUAAUAUCACCUAUGAAAACGUACCUGAAUUACCUCAUUUGAUUGACGAAGUCUUGGACCAACAGCCAACAACAGCAGAUAGUAAAGGAAGAACACGCUCUGCUUCUCAGUCAGGACCUCCUACUGCUUUACCUCCUUCCAUGAUGUCGCCUCCUAUUCGAUCCAAUGGUUUGACUCGACCGAGUGAAGCCAAAGAUCGUCGCAAGACGCUUCUGGAAGGACUGGAACUGCCCAAGAAAUACGGUCGUAUCACAUUAGGCGUGGGUCCUUUAGUAAGUGUGCAAGAAGUAGCAGAAGAGUUCAGUCGCAAGUCGGAUCGACUGGAGUCCUAUGAAACGGAGCUAGUGGCCGAGAUCACGAAGCGUGUGCAUGAUGCUCAAUGUAAAGGUACAGUGGUGUCUCCUGUCUCGAUGGUAGCCGGCAUUGUUCUUUAUGGACGAGCUACACAUGGUGUCUGUAUUGGCAAAAUCAAGGAUUUACUGGAAUGGUUACGACAUGAGAUAAUUCAGCAUCAAUUUGCUGUAGACUGGCAAGCGGGUGAAGAUGUGGAUACCUUGAUUCUAACUGCUUUCAAACUGUUGGACGAGCCCAAGAAUUUGAUUAUUGAUGGUAGAGAUAUCAAUGAUGAUACUAAUAUUCGUGUCAAUGAUCAUGCAGACAAUGUCAUGGCCUUGUCUUACUAUGCCAAUCAAAUGAGCCAUAUCUUUUUGUUAGAUGCCUUUUUUGCUGUUAUUUAUCUGUCGUUUUCUGAAGAAACUGUCUUGCAAGACGAGUUUAAGGAUCGCUUCUGUUUCUUGGUUCAAUUGUUAGAAAAAGAAUUUGUUAUCGCAUGGGAUUUAGAAGAGAAAUUGGAUACCAUGAUUGAAGCUUAUAUCAAGAAACGUAUGCUGCGUUUACAAGACAAUCGAUUGGUCCUUUUGGUCAAUAUGGAAAACGAUGCUGUUCGUUAUGAACAAUUGAUCUUUUUGGCUUCGCUUGUAUAUCCUACGAUUGAUGCUUAUUGGAUCGCAUCGUGUUCUUUAUCUGCUUUAGAAGCUGUGCCUAUGUUGCCCCGUUGCAUUGUGCCUAUGUUGACACAAUGGAUUGCUACUCAUUUAAUCACAGGUCGCCGUACUAUUUACCGAGAAGUGCUCUCGACUGAAUCCAGCAAGACAGCCGUGGACGUGUUUAUGAGCAUGGGAUUCUUGACAGAAAUCCAUGCUAAAGAAAAACUCUCGCCUGAUGCACAAAUCUUGCUUCAUGAGCUCGGCAUUCCUACUUCUGAAAUCUUGAUUGAAUUAGCAGGGCAAAACAGUGAUGGGGGAAAGACGCCUAUUUCCCCCCAAGAUCCUGAAGGCAUGAUGGCAGUGAUGGCACAGAUACAGAUGAAUAGAGCCAACUCAAAUAUGGCAGAUUUGUGUCAGCAGAUUGAUUCGUAUCGCUUAGGUGCAGCAUCUCAAAGAGAAAGUUUUCAAAAUGCUCAAGUGUUUCAAAAGUGUUUGAAGCAAAUCAAGGGUAUUUUACAUGCUAAUUCAAGUUUUGCUAAGCGUAGACAUAUUGAGUUACCAGAAGAUGAAGAUGGAUUAGCCCAACUGGUGUAUUCUUUAUUGGCAAGUAGUGCGCCUGCAGGUGAUCGUGCUGCUCAUGCCCGUGCUUUACGUCGUAUUUCUGAAGCUUAUAACUUGCGAUAAUCA